AUGAACCAGUAUCCAAUAGUCCCUAUUGAGCCCGAAGAAUACACAGAGUGGUGCAAGCCUUGGAACUUAGCUCUCAUCAUUAUAGUACUAGGUAAGAGAUACAAUGUUUACACGCUGAAGGGUCUCCUCUGUAAACUGUGGGGUAUGACGGAUUUCGAUCUAAUUGACAUCCCAAACAACUAUUUUGUGGUAAAAUUCUCCAAUAGAGAAGGUUGGACGGACUUGUAUAAGAAAGUGCUAUACGAAGGCCCUUGGGUAGUUCAACAACAUAGCGAAUUAGUCCAGAGAUGGACUCCACAUUUUGACCCGUAUAACAACCCCCUUAGGCGAAUAGCAACCUGGAUUCGAAUACCCAAUAUUCCCCUCCAUUGCUAUAAUAAGACCUUCAUCACGAGACUGGGCAACAAGGUUGGGAAAACUCUCAAAGUAGACUUAAAGACGCUGACGGAAAACUCAACCAGAUUCUCCAAUGUUGAGAGGGGCAGGUUCGCGAGAGUGUGCGUGGAGUUAGAUCUCCAAAAGAAACUGGUGCCGAGAGUAAUUGCAGCAAACUCUAUUUACAAUGUGGAGUAUGAAGGUCUCUAUCUUAUUUGCUUUGCGUGCGGUCGAUACGGUCAUCGUAAGGAAACUUGUUCAUGGACGCUCAAGACUCCGCAGCAGCUGGACCCAGGGAACUCAAAUGAGACGAAAUCAGAUGCAGCAUCGGCUUCAAGGUUACAACAGGGAAAAAACAAAGAGCAACCAGAUCAGGACUCAUUGACAGCGAAUUUGAAAAUAGCCGCGGAGGAAGAGUUCGGGAGCUGGAUGAUUGUCAAUCGACGAGGCAGAUUCCGUACACAAAGAAAUAAUAUGGUUAAAGAAACUAAAAGAACUAUUGGGAGUGGCUCGAGGAAUGUCAGAGGGUACAGGGGAGAAAACUCUCAGAUUUAG